AAGCCACAGACGCGCCAUGUUGCUUGGAUUCGACACACAGCCCGCCCUUGUCACAUUCCUCCUAUAUAAACAUGCGUCUCUACGGCUCAACUUACCUGUAUCUAUCAACGAACCAUUCUCCAGCCAAACGUCCGCCUUAAGGCGUGGCGGGUAGUAUCAACCUUUAGGUUUUUGGGCGAGAACAAAGCAAAGCCACCGGGGUAUCGCGAUGCCAGCCGUCAAGAACGCCACUGACACCCCAGUCCGAGUAGAAAAGGAGUACGUUGCUCCUCAUAGAGCGGAGACAGUAUGGACGACGUGCGCAAACCAGGUCAGACGUGGCCUUCCUGUGAUCGACUUUGUACAGUCGGUAUGGGCAUUCACGCCUGACAUGAUACCCCGCCCACAAACCGGACGGCCAUACAAGCUCCGGUACGAUCUCCUCCGCGCGUUUGCCUACGAGGAAGAGCGCAAGUCCUUCACAGCACUUGCGCACUUGAUGGAAGAUAUUCUUGCCCAGCUCUCAAAGGAGAACAAUGGCUACCUGCGCAGGACGCACGCGAAGGUCGUCAAUGCACGCGCCACUCGGGAUCGGUCGAUGGAGGGUGACGGUGGCACUAGGCCGGACUUGACGUGGACGAUGUCUUCACCAGAAUCCAUGCGCGCCUGGAGGGAAGUCUGGGAGAACUGUCUAGCGUUCGUGGAGGUCAAGAAGACGGGCAUUAACCUCCGGAGAAUAGACUCAGACAUUGUGGUUGACCUCUCGUCUUUGUCCCUCGCCUCAGGUUCGACGCCGGAGCCAGACACACCUGUGGUCAACGAAACGAAGAAGCGCAAGAGGACAGAUGACUCCGCACCGGUCGAAGACGAGGGGCCGCACAAGCGGCGGCGCGGCCUGCACGUCACAUUCGCAGUGGCUCACAACGCGAGUCGUCUGCAUGAUGACGAGUUCCACGCCGCUCUGUACAUCACGGAGAUGAUGUCGCGUCACGUCCGCUCGUUCUCCUCUGGCUUCUCCAUCCUCAAGUCAACCGUCACGCUGUGGUACGGCGACCGGAUGGGACUUGUGGCCUCCGAACCAUUCGACCUCCUCAAGGAGCCGGACAAGUUCCUCCUAGUCGUCGCCGCGCUCGGGUCUGCUGGCAUGCACGAGUUCGGCUUUCCGCCUUUCUUCGAGGGGACGAAGGUGAUGUUUCCGUCUGGCACGGCUCGGGGACUUGACGGCUCGCUGCUGAACGAAGACCUCGCGUUCGAAGUCCAGACAGACCUGCCAACGUACAAAAGGUACGAAGCCGUAGGGAAGGGUACUAUGGUCAUCCCGGUCCGGGCGACGGGAAACGCAGAGAGCAAGUUCGGCAGUGGCGUCCUCGUCGCCAAGCGGGCGUGGUCGCUGAGGUCCUCGCCGAGCGAGGCGCGAGCUAUUAAGACCGUUAUCACAGCGUUGCGAACGCACGCACCACGCUACCUCAAGUACGUUGCGGACCUCAAGUGCUAUGUCGAACAGACCGCCACCGAACACAAUCUUCCGAGAGUGUUGAUGCUGGGACUCAUGGAGAAGGAGCGAUGCUACCGUCUCAUGGUCUCGAGACGGUACGAGCCACUGCAGAAGUUGAAAAGCGCGGCUGAGUUUGAAAAGGUGUUCGUAGACACGGUCCGCGCCCACCGGUGGGUGGCGGAAGUGGCGAACUACUUGCACGGCGACAUCAGCCGCAACAACCUCAUGUUCCACCGGCAAGGCGAGGAGGUCAUCGGCAUCCUGUGCGACUGGGACGCCGCGCACGCCCGGGACCGCGUCGACGAAGCCGUGUACGACCUCGACCCGCCCGAGGACGUGCUCAAGUCGGGCGUGAGCUGGUGGGUGUACGACUGCAAAGGCAAGCGGUACACGGGCACGCCCGCGUUCAUGGACAUCGAGCGGCAGACGGGCACGGCGCCCCACCGGUACGAGCACGACCUGGAGUCGUUCUUCUGGGUGCUCCUCGACUUCCUCAAGCACUUCGAUCCCGAGGACGCGGUGUUCCACGACGACCCACUCACCGGGUCGUGGGACCACGAGGACCGUGCAGUGUGGAAGGUGCAGUUCCUGCUCGACAGCACGGCCUCCUUGCGGGUCAGGACACACGUGCACGACGAUUUCCUAUCGGUCUUUGACGAGUGGGUGCCGAAGUUGCGCACCAUCUUCCUCUCUGCUUUCCGGGCGAGGACGGACCACCCGAGCGAGACGCUGCUCAGGCAGCUCCUCGAGGACGCGACGCAUGCAGGAGAUGACCAGGCACAACUCGAUCUGAGCACGAAGCUCGAGUGCAGGAUUAAGAAGAGGAAGGAAAUAUUGUCGUACAAGACAUUCAUGCACGCCCUGAAAGCGCCACUUGAUGUCCCCGAGUAGUCGGUGACAUACUUACUAGCGAUUCGGCUUGAUGCCGUUGUUCCCCAUUUUUAUCAGUAUCUAUACAAUCGGCGCAGAAGUCGU